AUGAACCAAUUGGUCUAUGCAACUGAUCUGACUUUGACAAUGGCUUGCAUGGAGGAGAAGGAAACGGGCUCGAACUCACUCACGGGCAGAGCAGGAGGGGAGGAAAUCACUCAUGUGUCAUUUUUGCUGUUUUUUUUUUUAUCUUUUUUAAAAGCCAGCCUGGCCUGGGUUGCGGCCUGUUCCCCCUUCUUCUUCAUUCAGGGCCGAACUGAUACUUACCUCACUAAAUGCAGACUUGUUACAAUUAAUGAAAGGCGUCGGUUCCGAUCUUCAUCUGUCCAGCCACACUUCAGUUCAAUUUGCUCUAACCCAAAAGUAACACUAAUCCUCCCUAAUCAACGUCAGGAACAGGCAGUCCAUCCACGAUCUUGA